AUGGCAUCAAAUCAAGGCAAUGGCACACUCUAUACCUUUCCGGGUAAUUUUCGUGCUUAUAAAGCUCAAAUUGCAGCUCGUUAUAGUGGAGCAAAAUUGACCGUUGCCGGCGAAGAUAAAUUCAAAAUGAAUGAAACUAAUCGAUCAGAGGAAUAUGUUAAGAAAUUUCCAACAGGCAAAGUCCCGGCUUACGAAAAUGAUGCUGGCGUUCAUUUAUUCGAAUCCAAUGCAAUUGCUCAUUUUUUAUCAAAUGAACAACUUCGUGGUAAAACAUUAGCUGAACAAUCACAAGUUCUUCAAUGGAUUAAUUAUGGUGAACACGAAAUAAAUCCAACAUCAGCUACAUUAGUUUAUCCAUGUAUGGGUAUUAUGCAAUUUAAUAAACAAAAUCAUGAACGUGCUAAAUCUGAAUUACAACAUGCUUUACAAUUACUUAAUAAUCAUCUUCGUACAAGAACAUAUCUUGUUGGUGAACGUAUUACAUUAGCUGAUAUUGCUGUUGCUUGUGACUUACUUUUACUUUUUCAAUGGAUACUUGAACCAAGUUUACGUGAUCCUUAUCCACAUGUAAAUCGAUGGUUCUUAACAUUGAUUCAUCAAGAAGAAUUUCAAGCAGUUAUUGGUACAGACUUUAAAUUAUGUGAAAAAACAGCACAAUUUGAUCCAAAGAAAUAUGCUGAAAUUUCACGUCAAGAACAGGCACCACAAACACAAGCAUCUGCAAAAAGUGUCCCGCAAGGAGCCGAUCAAGCUGCUAAAGGUGGAAAGAAGAAAGAAAAAGAGGAAAAACCAGCUAAAGAAGCAGCAAAACCAGCAAAGAAAGAAAAGACAGCCGAAAAACAUGAUGAAGAAGAAGCUGGCGAUGAAACUGAAGAUAUUUAUGCUAAUGAACCUAAACAAAAAGAUCCAUUCGCUGAUAUGCCAAAAACAUCGUUUAAUAUGGAUGAAUUUAAACGUGUUUAUUCAAAUGAAGAUACAGCUGGAAAAGCUAUACCAUAUUUUUGGAGUAAUUUUGAUAAGGAAAAUUGUUCAAUAUGGUUUUGUGAAUAUAAAUAUCCGGAAGAUUUGACACAAAUAUUCAUGACAUGCAAUUUAGUAUCCGGAUUUUUUCAACGUUUAGAUAAAUUACGUAAACAUGCAUUUGCUAGUAUGUGUGUUUUUGGUGAAAAUAAUAAUAACACUAUUACGGGUAUUUGGGUUUGGCGUGGACAUCAACUUGCAUUUGAACUUUCGCCUGAUUGGCAAGUUGAUUACGAAUCUUAUUCAUGGAAGAAAUUAUCACCUGAUGAUGAAAGUACGAAAAAUUUAGUUAAUCAAUAUUUCCUUUGGGAAGGUGAACACAAUGGUAAAAAGUUCAAUCAAGGCAAAAUCUUCAAAUAA